AUGGAAACGCAGCAGACUCUCAACGUCUCCUGGGACUCCCAACGCAACACGCUAUCGAAAACCUCAGAUAACGGAAGAGAAAGCAGCUCCGCAUCGCCGAUCCCAACCGAUGUUAUAGUGGACAUCUUCUCGAGGCUACCGUUGAAAUCAAUAGCGAUAUGCCGCUGCGUCUCGAAGCUCUGGGCCUCCGUACUCCGCCUUCCAGAUUUCACUGACCUCUUCUUAACCAAAUCUUCUACUCGCCCGCAGCUCUUGCACGCGCGCGUAACAAACAGUGAGCUGUUCCUCUUCUCCUCCUCCGCCUCACCGCAUCCGGACGAGAACUCGUCUCCUCCUCCUGUAGUCGCCACCCGUCAUAUGAAGUUGUCGUUUGGUGGUUUCGGUGAGAUUAGCUGUGGUCGUCCUGUCUAUGGUUUGGUCUUUGUUAAACACGUGCGGGUCUUAGAUGGAGAGACGGAGACAUCGUUGGCGAUUUGUAACCCUAGCACCAGACAAGUCUUGCAUUUACCCAAAGUGGAGAUGAAGAGGCUUAAGGUGAGGAGCAUGUUUGGGUAUGAUCCGGUUGAUAAACAAUACAAGGUGCUGUGCAUGACAACCGAUGGAGGACACCAUCAAGUUCUGACAUUAGGAGGGUCAUGGAGAAUGCUCGAGUGUUGCAUUCCCCAUUAUGAUUAUCCACUACUUAAAGAGAUAUGCAUCGAUGGUGUUUUGUAUUACAAAUCUAUUAAUCAGUCCACACAGACUUAUUUAAUAGUUUGCUUUGACGUUAGGUCUGAGAAGUUCAGGCCCAUUGAAGCCAAGGGAAGUCUCGGAAGAGCUGUGCUGACUGGGGAUAUGGUCAACUACGGUGGUAGAUUGGGUUUGAUUAUCUGUGAGGAUAACCGAGGAAAUGUCGGUGCUAUCAAUAGAAGAAGCUCAAGGUUUAAGUUGUGGGUUUUAGAAGAUGUCGAGAAACAGGAAUGGUCUGAGCGUGUAUUUGUCUUGCCUGCUGAGUGGAAGAAUGUAGUUGGGGAACACAGGUUGAACUUUGUUGGGGUGGCGUCUCGGACCAACGAGAUUGUGUUGUCAUCGUGGUACCCGAUUAACUGUUUCUACCUCUUCUACUUCGAUCCUGAGAUCGACACUGUUGUGAGAGUUGAAAUGCAAGGAGUGGAUAUGGAUGUGUCUAACUAUGCUGUACUUCAAACCUUUCUAGACCAUGUUGAAGAUGUGAAGCUCUAUGCAUAG